AUGUUCUUCCACCUCUCAGCACUGAGUGUAUUCCUGGUCAUCGCCUUCUUGAUAGUAUACUAUCGAUCCCGUAUACUUCCCAUCCUCUCUCGUUACCUCCCUACCUCACUCGUAGCAAAAUUCACAAACUACCAACCGCUACGAAACUUCUCUUUCUCCGAACAGGCCGCUGCGGGUAUAUCGUCUAGUAAUUUCGAUCUCGAGUCGAAUAAUAUUGCAGAGGGCAGCGGGGAGUCGAGGAUGGGCUUGGACGAAGCUGGUGUGGAGGAAGUGAGGAGGAUCAUGGCAAUCGAAAGAUGUACAUUCGAUCAAGCUCGUCUGAUAAGACAUAAUAGGAUCUUGGCAAAGAAUGGGAUCGCUCCUGAUGGUACACCACUCGACAGUAAAGCGAUCACAAGACUCUAA